AUGGAUUUGAUUAGAAAGCGUAUAGGGCCGCUGCCUGGGGGUCGCCGGGGCGUGUCUGGAGCUGGCGCUGGACGCGGCAGCAUGCGGGCUGCCAGCCGAGCGCGAGGAGCUGCAAGAUCAGCUAGCAGCCCCACGCAUCCAUCAUCCCCACCAGACGGCUUGAUGUCGGCAGGAUCCUCUCGGACUCGGCAAGCGGCAUCCGCCACUGGUGGAGUGCGUCGCAUCCGUUGGACAAGGGAUAUGAACGCAAACGCAUUGCGGGCGUACUAUGGGGCGAAAGGGGAAGAAACUGCAGGGAUAGCGUAUCGGGCUCGGAUGCAUUGCUUUUUUGCUGAGCACGAGCCGUCUAUUCCCGUCACGGAAAUAAACCUGGCAGACCGAGUUCGGUACAUCAUGCGCUCGAAAAUAUUUGAUGAUGCCGAGCUCGAACGACUACGACGUGAGGCCAUUCCCUCAUCGAAUGAAUUGGCUACGGCUGAGGAUGCGGCUCCUCAGGCGACAGACCAGCUGCCACGCGUAGAAGCUGCCAUGGAUCUUCCAGUUGUGGUUGAUUCAGACGAUGAUGAAAUGGUCUCCCACGAACUAGAGCAAAUGAGGAGUAUAUCCAAUGUAGAGGCGAUUUUGGAAACGCGCAGCAUGCCUCUCGAAAAUCGACCGCGACUUCCCCGCAUACCCCUAAGCAAGCGAAAUCGGGCUGUCGUGAGGUCUCUUAAUCCAAUACUGGUAACCUAUUUGGAAGCCAGCCGGGACCUUUGUGAGACGGACUCAGUUCUUUUUGGCGCCGCAGUGGCAGCUUGCCGUAUUAUUGGCGCCAAACUUCCCAUGGCUGGACGCGCUACUAAACAAAGUAGCGCCAUCCCAGCCUGGAGAAAAAGAAUUGAGGACCGUAUCGCAAAGGCAAGGGCCCUUAUCGGCAGACUGAUAAGCUUCAGGUCGGGUAAUAAUAGACCGAGGGUUGUGCGCACCGUUAGAAUGGCGUUUGCUGGGACAAAUAUCAGUUUGUCCCAGCCGGAUAUCACGCAAAAACUAACGGAGCGCAUAGACGACCUGAAGCAAAAGAUCGCUACUUGGGGGAGGUGGAUACGCCGAUUUACCGAGAGGUCAGGGCAGUUCAACCAGAAUCGUCUCUUCCAGAGUGAUCAGAAGAGGCUCUACAAAUCAUUGGAGCGACCAGAGGUAUGUGGAGCGGGCUCAGGACCGGAUGAGGCUAACACUGUCACAUUUUGGCGUGGCCUGUGGUCAGAGCCCGUAAACCACAGCGAGGGCCCUUGGACGGAAGUUGUGGCGAGUCAGUGUGCAAGUAUUACGCCCAUGGACCCCGUCAUCAUAACGCCGGAUGACGUAGCUGAGGCGAUCCGUAGAGCCCCGAACUGGAAAAGUCCGGGACUCGACGGGCUGCAUCAGUACUGGCUUAAGGGGUUCAUGGUGUGUCACGCUGUGCUCGCCCGUCAGUUUCAAGAGGCUCUCAACCAGAAGUCGCUCCCUAGCCUCUUCACUACUGGGAUCACUCAUUUGGUUCCUAAAGACCAGCAACGCGCAAGUGAUGAUGAUCAGCGGAAAAUUACAGAAUUAAAAUUAUCGGCUUUUAUGGCAGAACAUAAAAUAUCGCACAUAGUGAUGGAUCAUCUCGUUGAUUUACUUCCAAAAGCUUUUCCAGAUUCUAAAAUCGCAAGUAAUAUCAAACUUAAACACACUAAAUUACAAGCAAUAAUAAAUAACGUUAUCGGGGCUUCUGAAGGAGAAUGUUUAGUCGAAGAUUUAAAACGCGAAAAGUUCUCUAUAAUGGUAGACGAAAGUACCGAUGUUGCCAGUGUGAAAACAAUGUGUGUUGUAGUCAAAUAUUAUGAUCCUAAUUUAGGACGUAUCGUCAGUCGAUUCUGGGACCUUAUUCAAAUAUUUGAUGACAAAAAAGCUGGAACGUCUGGUGAUUACUCAGCCACGGCUGAAAAAUUAUUUAAUUCAAUAAUAAAAUCAUUUCGAGACAAAAAUAUACCCUUAGAAAAUACUAUCGGGUUUGGUUCUGAUGGAUGUAAUAUGAUGAUGGGCUGCCAUAAUUCAGUGUCCUCACGAUUUAGACAACUAUGUCCAGGUAUUACAGUGAUCAAAUGCCUUUGCCAUUCUUUACAUUUGUGCGCUUCCGACGCUUGCAAAGAAUUGCCCCACGAUGCAGAAAAACUGACUCGAAUGAUAUACAAUUACUUCAAAAAUAGUAGCAAACGUCAAGCAGAGUUAAAGGAAUUUCAAGUAUUUACAGACACUAACAUACACAAAUUGCUACGUCCAGCCCAAACGCGUUGGUUGUCUCUUUCCAGUGUUGUGAACAGAAUUAUGGAGCAAUGGGACGCUUUGCGAUUGUACUUUGACGAUAAAUGGCUGGAAGACCAAGAUUGCCAAGCCAUUCAUAUUCUUUUGAAUGAUCACAUCAUCAAGGCAUAUUUUUAUUUUUUAUGUUGGAUGUUGCCAAAGUUUACCCGCGUCAAUGUAUAUUUUCAAAGCGAAGAUCCGGUUAUUAUAGAAGCCCAUAACAAAAUGAAAGAGCUAUACAGAGAACUCUUAUCCUUAUACAUAACUCCGAAUCAUUUAAAGAACACCCCACUCGACGCAAUUGACCCUACUGAUAGUCAACAUUACAUAAAUCUGAAAAAUAUAUACCUGGGAUUGGGUGUUGCUAAUCAAGUUGCUGUCCCAGAGCUACAUGUAAGUACCGAAGAAGUUACAGUGAUGAAACAGAAAUGCCUGAAUUUUAUCGUUAAAGCAUGCGUGGGUAUUCGGAAAAGAUACAGUUUGAAUGACCCAGUUUUGAGCUCAAUCGCAAAGUUGGAUCCCGAUUCUUGCUUAUCUGAUAAUAGACUACAGUCUUUGUCUUCGCUGUUCCCAGUGCUGCCAAGGCUUAAACCCCAAACUUUAAAUGAUCAACAGACGUUAGAUGAUGAAUGGAGAAAUUUAAUGUUGACUGCGGAUGAACAACAUUUGAAUACAAAUCAACCAGCAGACGUGUUUUGGCAUCAGCGGGUAACAAUCGCUCUCGAUAUGGAGACAUGCUGUUCACGCUUCACCGCAGCAGAGGGUGGGGCCAGACUUGCUGCGGUGGUCGGUAUGAAGAACACCAUAAUAACAGAACACUGUUCGUUUGUAGCAACUAGACUGUUGUACGAAGAUGCCUACAAGAUACGCGGGUUAUUAAGCGAAGGUCGCCAAAGAUCUGUAUAUCUAACAAGAGCAUCUCGAAUAGCCUAUGUAGCCUACGAAUUGAGUAUUUUAACAGACCUUGCCAUAGGACAGAGUGUCAAGUAUGAAGAUAUUGAUGAUUGGAGGGGGCAGUUAGAGGAAAAAGAGGUCAUAGUUUGCACAUCAAAUACUCUUCAGCGAAUUUUAAGGGAGGGUCUGCUUAGUAUACCUGUUAUAAAUGUCUUGGUUAUUGAUAGCUGUCAUUUAAUAUCUAUAGAUGAAGACUUGAAAUACGUAAUGGACCUAUACAAGCAAUGCGAGGUGAGCGGUCGGCCCAGAUUAUUAGCUCUUACCUAUCCAUUAUUCACAUCUGCAAGUAAUGACAAUGAACAAUUAGAAAAUGUUAAUAAAAAUAAUGAAGAGAGAGAUGAUAAGUCUGACGUAGAAGAUGAAACAAUUAGUGAUACAGAUAUAGUUAAUGCAGAUCAGGUAGAUAACAAUGAAAUUAUAGAAAAUCAAAGUGAAAAUAAAGAAUUAGUCAAUGAAAACAACGCGGUUGCGAUUAGUGUAGAAGAUUCAAUGGUUGUUGUUAAAACAAGGGAAUAUAGUAUAGGUGAUUAUCAGAAUGUUGAUGAUUUUGAAAUGUACGAGAAAUUAGGUUGGAAAAUCGAAGAGCUGGAGAAUGAUUUGAACUGUGAAAUGGAUUUGGCGGAAGACAUAGACGGCGGCAAAAGGUUAUCGGCUACAAUAUCCAAGCCAAAAGAGGUUAUAAUAGAAUUUGGCCGGCAGCUCUCAUUAGACGAUCUCCCAGACCAGUAUAAAGAGUUGGACCAGUAUAUGAGGGAUACUAUACGGGAUGCUAUGGAUUUUAUUAAUGAACAUAGGUAUGACCCAAUGGAGAUUUAUGGCGAGGAUCUUUUAGAAGAAUUUAUGAACAUACCAGACCCUACAAGAGAACCUAAGGAGUUAUUCUAUCAAUUUCUUUACAUUUUGGACGAAUUAGGUCCCUAUGCUGCUGACAAAGCAGCGUUCUAUUUGCUGACUAAAUUGGAGAAAUUAAAAGUGAAAGUUCCGUACGAAAGGCAUUUCUUAUUAUUAUGUAUGUGUACAUCUCUCCUCGUAAAGAUCCGUGCAUUUGCAGAUGACAUAUUUUCACAGUUUACCGACUGGGAGAAAAUUCAGACAUUUUGUACACCAAAACUACUAAGAUUUGCAGAGAUACUGGAACAAUUCCGACCGACAGAAAGCAAAAAAAUCGACGGAAAUAGAGUUGAUAGUUUAGAAAACGCAACUGAUAGUAGCAAAUCUGAAAUAAACAAUGCGAAAACUACAAAUAUGUUGCAAACUAUCAAUGAUUGUGAUUUCAUUUCUCUAGGCAACAAGAUUGAAGACCGCGUUAAUACUUAUGAGGCUAAUUUGAAGGAAAUUGAAAAUGUUCCAGAAGAAUGUGGAAAUACAGUGGAUAGUUGUGGAAAUAAAAGUGAUAGUUCAUUGAGAAUUGUAGAAAUAAAUUCGAAUAGUAAUAAUGACGUGAAGAAAGACGAAAACAAACUUAAUAGUGAUACAAAUAAAGUUGAUAGUUGGCAAAAUGGCGCAAAACUUGACAGAAAUAUAAAUAUUAUGAGGGGUACAAGGCAUAGGGUUAGGGGAAGGGGAAGGAUUCCGCGAAACAAUCCCGUCAGGGUUCAGCAGGCUCAACAAAACCCUGACGCUUUAUGCGGAAUUGUUUUUGUAAAGGAACCUCUGAUGACGAAAAUUAUAUUUAUGCUAAUUGUGGAUAUGACCAGAUGCCGGCCAUCUUUGAACCACGUCUCUGCCCAAUACUGUGCUGAUGAAACAACCGGAAGCGAGUUAAAGGAAUGCCAACGUCAGAGCAGGAAGCAAGAAGAUGUGUUGAAGAAAUUUCGAAUGCAUGAAUGCAACCUUCUACUUGCCACGCCCGCGUUAGAGGAGGGGAUAGAUCUGCCUCGGUGCAACCUUGUAGUCCGUUGGGACAUUCCACCUUCAUACCGAUCACAUUCACUAUGCAGAGGAAGGGCGAGGGCGCCACGUUCGGCUUUGGCGUUAUUGGCCGAAGCACCUGAAUACAGCAAGCUUUUGCUACACCAUUUAGCUAUUUAUCGAGAGCUGGAUCAAAUUAUUAGCAGAAAAUGCGGCUGCGGAAUACAGGACGAGCCUCCGCCCGAGGAAGAAAACCACGCAGAUAAUUUUACACCAGUUGUCAAAGCGUACUCACCUGUAGAAACUAAAGUGAUCAUUUCCCUUAAGGAUACCGAAGUCAAUCUAGCCAAAAAUAUAUCUAAGAAAUAUCUACAACAACUGAUUAAGGUUAUAUGUGAAAGAAAGAUCAUCAAUACAGAAACAGAAGAUGUAAAUAAUAUAAUUAAAUACCUUAAAGAAUCUGAACCCGAACUUAUUGAAGGCAAUUGCAAAGAAAAAAUUGAAACAAACUCCAGUAUAGAAGAAUCAGAAGAGAAAAGAAAGAUAGAAGAUUCUGAUCUGAUAAAUGGAAAGAAAAAAUUUGAAGAUGGCCUUAGUGAAAAUGAGAUAAAGAGUUUUGUGGAUGAAAUUAUAACUAUCCAAAAAUCAAGAAAUAUCAAAAAUGAUAUAAUUACAGAUUUAGUAAAACAAAUAGAUUGUAUCCAUAUAGACUCAAGAAAUGAUAUUAGCGAAUUUCAGGAUAGUAAAGAUAAUGUCAAUCAUAAUAGUGAUAAAAGUGAAAGUCUCAAAGAGAUAGUUGAGAAUGUGAAUCGGUGUAUAGAGAGUUUAUCAGUGGAUAGAUUCAAAGAUAUUGUUAAUUGUAAAACAGAGACAGGUGUUAAAAGUAGUGACAGUGACUGUGUUGCCAGUGUAGAUCUCAGUACUGCUAUUGCUCUGAUAAACAGGUAUUGUGGUAAACUGCCAUCGGAUACAUUCACGCGCCUCGCUCCUCAGUGGUGGAUGGAGGAGGUCCGACUGCCAGACAGAGAUGGCAAUAUGCAGAAGGCUUACAUCUGUACCCUUCGGCUGCCUCUUAACUGUCCAGUGAAAUAUAAUAUUGUGGGACACCCUAUGCCGACCAGAGUUCUAGCCAGACGUAUGGUGGCCCUACAGGCGUGCAGGAUUUUGCACAAAUCUGGGGAACUUGACAAUCAGCUUAUGCCUAUUGGUAAAGAGAACUUCAAAGCAGCAGAGUUGGAGGGGACUAGCAACUUAAUUAAUAACUGUGCUCAUAUCAAUGGUGAUGCUACCGAACUUAACGAUUCAGCUAGACCGGGCACUACCAAGAGACGUCAAUACUACUUUAAACGGACAGCGUGGGCGUUCACCGAUUGCCAGCCGGUGAUCGACACUAGCGACUCCGAGAUCGAUCCACCUGACGGUGUACAGCGCGAUGCUGAGCCGAAGCAAGAGGUUAAGUCUGAUGCAAAACGUAACACUCUAUACGCGAUAGACUCUCGACUGUGGUGCGCGUUGCCGGAGCGCUACAACACGCGUGGCCGUCGCCUGCACGCGCCGCAGCACGCCAGCCAGGCCAUCGGCAUCCUCAUGGCGAGGCACCAACCCGACAAGCUGCAGAUCCCGGCGUUCCCCGUGUACACGCGGUCGGGCGAGGUGCGCGUGUCCGUGCAGCUAGCGCCCCACGCGGACGUGCGACUGUCUCCGACCAGAGCGCGCUUAGUGCGCAGGUUCAUGCGUUUUGUAUUCUCCGACGUGCUGAGGGUACGCAGGCGUGGCAUGAAGCUCCAGAGUGAGGGCUCUACUCACAACAACUAUUACAUAGUGCCUACUAUUAAAACAACAAAAGAAGACGGUACGACAAUGGUAGACGUGGACUGGGGGUUCCUAGAAUUAAUAUACAAGCACACAGAAGAGAAGAAGAGCUUGGAAAUGGAGAAACCACUCCUCUUCCAACAGGACGAUGAGGAAGAAGACGAGGCCUUAGAAGACAAGAUGUUGGAAAAGGACAGGGGGAGGGAUAAAGACGGCAAAGUGAAGAAGAUGGAAAAUCCCCUGCUGAAGCCAGGGGAGACGUUUGUUUUCGAUCCCGAGAAAUAUAAGGAAGCGGUUGUCACGCCGUGGUACAGGAAUCAAGAUCAACCGCAAUUUUUCUUGGUGGCAGAAAUCUGCUGGAACCUAACCCCGGACUCUGCUUUCCCGUCAGCCAUGCACAGUACGUUCCGGGAGUACUACAGCACAAAGUAUGGUGUGGUGCUCACACAACCGAAUCAACCUCUUUUGGACGUCGACCAUACCAGCGCUAGAUUAAACCUUCUGACGCCCAGGUACGUGAACCGCAAGGGCGUGGCGCUGCCGGUUUCCUCGGAGCGCACGCGGCGAGCCAAGCGCGACCGGCUGGACCAGAAGCAGAUCCUGCUGCCGGAGCUGUGCCGCGUGCAUCCAUUCGCCGCGCCGCUCUGGUUCGCCACCGUGGCCUUGCCCUGCGUCCUGUACAGAAUAAACGCUCUGCUGAUAGCGGACGAGAUACGUCGCGCUGUGGCGAUAGACGUGGGCCUCGGUAUACCCAAGAUAGACGAGAGCACGUGUCCCGGCUUCCAAUGGCCUCCCCUGGACUUUGGCUGGAGCUUGGCAGAAGUAUUGAGCGCUGACUCGGAGAAGAACGAGAAAAAGAAGGACGAAGAAGAUCCAAGCAUUAUAGAGCAGAAAGAACGGGAGCUGAGAGAAAAAGAAGAGAAUGAGAGGAUAGCAAGAGAGGAAGAGGAGCAGAAGAAGAAAGAGACGGAAAAAACCAUAAACGAUAUACUACAAGAGAAAGAAGAUGCUGCGAAUGGCUUCGAAAUAGGCACGUGGAGUAACGACAUGGCCUCUUCUAUACCGGACACGGUUGAGUUUGAUGACUACCUGGAACCGCUGCCUUCUAACCUCACCUUCUGCACUUCGGCCUCGGGCAGCGGUAACUGGAGCGACCCUAUAGAGAAGCCCAAAAUGCAGUUUGGUGGGUCAAGGACCUUCUCAAUGGCCGACAGCGACUGCUCAUAUAUGUCCAGUGACUUCGACACGGACGAUUCUGAUUUGAACUCUGAAGGAAGCGACGAGGACACCGACACUAGCGGCUUUUGCAGCAGUAAGAACUCCAAUGCGGCGAUGGGCGUGCGCAUCGAGUACAAGACGGCGCGCGAAGCGGAGGCCGUGGACCUGGAGCGCGUGCAGAGCGCGCCCGCCGCGCCGCAACCCAGCGCGGAGGAUGACGCGCGGGACCGCGCGCGGCACCGCGCCGCGCUGCGAGCCGCACAGCCGCCGCCGCAAUACAUCGAGCAGUUCCGCGAAUCCGUAACAAACCACGAGAAGGAGAUAGUAGAUAGGGGAUUCUUAUUAGAUAAGGACAAACCGAUAACCGAUCUACUACCGGAAGCAUCAAGAGACAGUAUCGAGAAGCUCAUCCCCCAAGCGAAGCCAGUGGUAAAUUUGAAAGAAGUUGAGGAAAUAUUUCCUUACGGUUCUGAGGAAUUGAGCUAUUCAGAUGGACAAAUUACAAUAGAGAGUAUAGAAAGGAACAAACGCCUUCUUCUAUCCAAAUUAAAGGAGUCUCUACCUGAAGACGAUAUCAAGAGAUUGAACUGCUUCUCUAUGAAAGACGUCGAUAUUGACUCCCCGAAUUACGUAAACGAAAAAGUUGUGAACGUAGGCUUCGACACUAAAGAUAGUUAUAAAGAGAAGAUAGAACAGUGGCACAACGAAAAAGAAUUCAAACCUUAUUACCAGGAGGGGAGGGUGCAAAAUGGCAAAGAGUUCGACUUCGAUUAUCAGCCAGAUUUGGAAGGGCACCCGGGACCGAGUCCUAGUGUUAUUUUGCAGGCUCUAACUAUGUCAAACGCGAACGACGGCAUCAAUCUGGAGCGGCUGGAGACCAUAGGCGAUAGCUUCCUGAAGUUCGCCAUAACGGCGUACCUCUACUGUGCGCAUCCCACCGUCCAUGAAGGAAAGCUCAGCCAUAUGCGGAGUAAGCAGGUGUCGAACCUGAACCUGUACCGGCUGGGGCGCAGCAAGCGGCUGGGCGCGCGCAUGACGGCGUCCAAGUUCGAGCCGCACGACAACUGGCUGCCGCCCUGCCACCGCGCGCCGCAAACGCUGCACCGCAAGCCCGUGCGUACGCCACUGCCACACACACCUGCCACACUCACCACUACUAUACAAAACAAGUUCGAGCCGCACGACAACUGGCUGCCGCCCUGCCACCGCGCGCCGCACACGCUGCACCGCAAGCCCGUGCGUACGCCACUGCCACACACACCUGCCACAGUCACCAAUACUAUACAAUACAAGUUCGAGCCGCACGACAACUGGCUGCCGCCCUGCCACCGCGCGCCGCACACGCUGCACCGCAAGCCCGUUAGUACGCCACUGCCACACACACCUGCCACACUCACCACUACUAUACAAUACAACCGCACGACAACUGGCUGCGCGCCUGCCACCGCGCGCCGCACACGCUGCACCGCAAGCCCGUGCGUACGCCACCCUGCCACACACACCUGCCACACUCACCACUACUAUAAAAUACAAGUUCGAGCCGCACGACAACUGGCUGCUGCCCUGCCACCUCGCGCCGCAUACGUUGCACCGCAAGCCCGUGCGUACGCCACUGCCACACUCACCACUACUAUACAAUACAAAUUCGAGCCGCACGACAACUGGCUGCCGCCCUGCCGUCGCGCGCCGCAUACCCUGCACCGCAAGCCCGUACGUACGCGACUGCCACACACACCUGCCACACCACCACUACUAUACAAUACAAGUGCGAGCCGCACGACAACUGGCUGCCGCCCUGACACCGCGCGCCGCACACGCUGCACCGCAAGCCCGUGCAUACGCCACUGCCACACUCACCACUACUAUACAAUACAAGUUCGAGCCGCACGGCAACUGGCUGCCGCCCUGCCACCGCGCGCCGCACACGCUCCGCACCGCAAGCCCGUGCGUACGCCACUGCCACACACACCUGCCACAGUCACCAAUACUAUACAAUACAAGUUCGAGCCGCACGACAACUGGCUGCCGCCCUGCCACCGCGCGCCGCACACGCUGCACCGCAAGCCCGUGCGUACGCCACUGCCACACACACCUGCCACAGUCACCAAUACUAUACAAUACAAGUUCGAGACGCACGACAACUGGCUGCCGCCCUGA